AUGACAGCCGCCCAUUGUGUAAACAUUUUCACGAGAAACGCUCACGCGAUCUCGGUUCAGGUUGGACGGAAAACGAUAUCUAAGCUCGUUGACCCAUCGGUCUACGUUGCCGAGGAAAUCAUUCCGCACCCUGAAUACAGUGCUCAAAAUGAUUGGAUCAACGAUAUUGCUGUGAUUAAGUUAAGGCAGCCGUUGGUCUUCUCCCAAACGGUUCAGCCAGUCUCGCUGCCUCCGGUUUGUUACGAAGUUAGUGGACCGGAUAAAACGGUGACGGUGCUUGGUUGGGGAGUAACUGAACAUGGCCGACUUGCGGAUAUUCUACAAAAAUUGAACUAUUCGUUCGUUCCGUUCCCGGACUGCUUCCAGCAGCUACGCAGGUCAAUUUAUCGAACCCAAAUCUGCGCCGCCAGACCUAACUAUAAUAAGGCAGAGUGUGAUGGAGAUUCCGGGGGCCCACUGAUGUACCAUGGAAUGCAGAUCGGUAUUGUCUCGUGGAGCGUCAAGCCGUGUGCUGUUGCACAAUAUCCGGGUGUAUUCACUCAGGUAUCUUAUUACAUCAAAUUUCUUUACACGUACACUGAUCUGGAACCUGCUGAUGUUGAGUUUAGACCAUGUGGCGUAAAAUAG